AUGCAGGUGCUCAUGGCCGCCUUUCUUGUCUGGACUCUGCUGUCUCCCCAGGGCCGUGGCGGGGAAGCCUGGCCCACACACACGGCCUGCAGGGAUGAGAGCCUGCAAGUCCUCUACCAGAGCUGUGACCCACUACAAGAUUUUGGCUUGUCUAUUGACCAGUGUCCCAAACAACUAAAACCAAAUGUCAACAUCAGAUUUGGAAUCAUUCUGAGGGAGGAUAUCAAGGGGCUGUUUCUGGACGUCGCUCUCUUCAGUAAAGGCCUGUCCAUUCUGAAUUUCUCCUACCCCAUCUGUGAAGUGGAUCUACCCAAGUUUUCUUUCUGCGGAAGAAGCAAAGGAGAGCAGAUUUAUUAUGCCGGCCCUGUCAAUAAUCCUGGAUUUGAAAUUCCUGAGGGAGAGUACCAAGUUCUGCUAGAACUAUACACCCAAGACCACAGCACCGUGGCCUGCGCCAACGCCACCAUCCUUUGCUCCUGA